AUGUCUUUCCCUCCUAUCGACUUCCUGCUCAUCGACACUAAGGGCGUGCUUUGUGCCGAAUGGAAGGAAGCAUUUUCCGUGCUGCCUGACGACGUCAACGCCCAUUUCACCUUCCUGCAAUCCUCGUUGGAUGAUCUUCCUUCGCGCCAUUCUGGAUUUGAUUGUGCAGUCUCUCCCGCGAACUCCUAUGGCAUCAUGGACGGAGGGUUCGACUACUACUUGUCCCGGGCGUUCAAACCUGUCAAUGGCGAAUUCGAAGCCCUGACGCGGCACGUUCAAAAGGCAAUCUAUGAACGAUACACGGGCUAUCUCCCGCCUGCGUCGUGCAUCGUGGUUGAUCUUCGGAAAAGCGAAUUGAAGGACAACAAAUUUGGUGCCAACUCAAUAGCGGUAUUGCCAACGAUGAGGUAUCCUGAGGACGUGACUUGGGACAAGGACUUGGUGUAUAACUGCAUGUGGAACCUCCUCGUGCAAUUGUCCAAGAAUUGUCCAGGGGAGCCCGGGUUCAAGCAGGGUGCGCCGCCCAUCAAGAAGGUCCUCAUGACCGGCCUCGCGACCGGGGUUGGCGGGAUCAGCGCAAAGAAGUGCGCCGCUCAGAUGGCUCUAGCAGUCAAACACUUCGCAGAAGCGCGGCAGUUGCCUGCCAAACACAUUAAAUCAGACUGGUCGGAUGUCUCGAAGAGGCAUUUGGAGCUGGAAAAGACGCGCAGUAUGUGAUAAGUAUGGCACAUUCGUUGCAACGGGGUCUAUGGAUCAUGGCAACCAUUGCGCCCGAGUGCAACGAACUAAGGGAUGCGUACAACAAGGGAGGACCAACUAACAAACACUCCCAUUGAACAUCAAAUCGACGAUGUCCAAGACACGUCAGCAGUAUUCAACGUAGCCAUCUAGCGUCGGCUCAUUUUGCGCUCGCAUUGUACUUUUCUUUCGGAGAUUUGCAAACAAACAGUGCAACGGUGCCAUAAACCUUAACGUCCACAUCGCGGAAAACGGCCUGCAGGCCUUCGCGAAGGCCUUCUGCACUGUCCUGGGCGUUGCCGAAGAUUGACCGCUUGUUAUAUGCGUUCAUCAGCCAGUUGCCAAACCAAUUAUGUCGAACACCUUUUCCGAGUAUGGUCGCACCGUAGAAAACGCUCGAGGGCCCGGGCGCAAGGGCUGGAGCUAGCGCUGCUGCGACACGU